AGCCGCCGCCGCCGCUGCUGCUCGCGUCCCCCUUUUCCCCCCUCCCCGCCCCGUAUCCCCGCCAUGGCACGGCCCCCCCCAGCGCCGCGCCGCCCCCCCCCGCUUCCCGGGGCCGGUAUGAGUCAGGUGUGAGGCCCCGGCGCCCCCCGCCGCGCCCCGCCGGGAGGAGGCAGCCCCCGCCGCUCCCGCCCUGCCCGCCGCCGCCGCAGCCUCGCUGGGGGCAGCCCUGACGCUGGGGUUUUCCUUUUUUUGGCUUUUUUUUUUUUUUUUUUUUGGCCGUCCCCCCGUCGUCCUCCCCCCCCUUUCCUCCCUCCCUCCCGUGUCGCCGUCAGGGAAUCCAGCACUGCACCGAAGCCAGAAGAGAGGGAGCAAAACCCAACCCAGGCCGAAAGCUGCAUCCAAAACAAAACCCACCCUUUUUAUUGCAAAGGAGUUUUUGUUUUGUUUUGUUCUUUUUCCUUUUUUUUUAAAAAAAUUUUAUUAUUAUUAUUAUUUUUUAAUCCUGACCCGAAACGUAGGGGAGGAAGCGAAGUCGGGGCAGGGAAGCUUUCCCGGUUAUUUAUUUUCUCCCUCCGCAGAGGUGUCUCCUCCAGCCGCCGGCUCACCAUGAUGUUUCGAGACCAGGUCGGCGUGUUGGCCGGUUGGUUCAAGGGCUGGAACGAGUGCGAGCAGACUGUUGCGCUGCUCUCGUUGCUGAAACGCGUCAGCCGGACCCAAGCUCGCUUCCUCCAGCUCUGCCUGGAGCACUCCCUGGCAGACUGCACCGAGCUCCACAUCCUCGAAGGGGAGGCCAACAACCCCGGAAUCAUUAACCAAUGGCAACAGGAAUCCAAGGAUAAAGUGAUUUCCCUAUUGUUAACCCACCUGCCUUUACUGAAGCCCGGAAACAUCGAGGCAAAAGUCGAAUACAUGAAACUCUUGCCUAAAAUCCUGGCCCACUCGAUCGAACACAACCAACACAUCGAGGAGAGCAGGCAGCUGCUGUCCUACGCCUUGAUACACCCUGCCACCUCCUUAGAGGACAGGAGUGCCCUGGCCAUGUGGCUCAACCACCUGGAGGACCGUACGUCGGGUGGCUUCGGCAGCCAGAGCAGAGGUCGGUCAGAUUCGGUGGACUACGGGCAGACGCACUACUAUCACCAAAGACAAAACUCCGACGACAAACUCAACGGAUGGCAAAACUCUCGAGACUCGGGCAUAAGUGUCAGCGCUUCCAGCUGGCAGGACAAAAACCUGGCGUGCGAGAACGGCCAUCUGCCCCUCUACUCCUCCUCCUCCGUCCCCACAACCAUCAACACCAUCGGCACUAGCACAAGCACCAUUCUCUCAGGCCAGACACACCACAGCCCUUUGAAACGCUCUGUGUCCCUUACCCCACCCAUGAAUGUGCCAAACCAACCUCUAGGACAUGGAUGGAUGUCUCAUGAGGACUUACGAGCUAGAGGACCCCAGUGCAUCCCUUCCGAUCAUGCCCCCCUGUCUCCACAAAGCAGUGUAGCCUCUUCGGGAAGUGGUGGGAGUGAACAUUUAGAAGAUCAGCCUUCCGCUCGUAACACAUUCCAGGAGGAAGGGAGUGGGAUGAAAGAUGUCCCAGCCUGGCUGAAGAGCCUCCGGCUGCACAAGUACGCCGCCCUCUUCUCACAGAUGACGUACGAGGAGAUGAUGGCCCUCACCGAAUGCCAGCUCGAGGCACAAAAUGUUACCAAAGGCGCAAGACACAAAAUAGUCAUCAGUAUCCAAAAGCUAAAAGAAAGACAAAACCUGCUCAAAUCCUUAGAAAGGGACAUCCUGGAAGGUGGCAACUUGCGUGUCCCACUGCAGGAACUACACCAAAUGAUCCUCACCCCCAUCAAAGGCUACUCUUCCCAAAACUCGAGCACGGAGGAGCACAGCCGGGACGUGGACUCGCAUCACCCCUCCUCCCUGAUCGGCUCAGACAGCCAAGGCUCUGACUGCAAGGACUCUGCCGCAGGGGGGAUGCAGCAGCACCAUUUGCCGGGAUGUGAGGGCGAGUCGGGGGGGGCCCCUUUGCCCGAAGGUGACCUGCCCGGACAGUUCACCAGAGUGAUGGGGAAAGUUUGCACGCAACUUUUAGUUUCCCGACCCGACGAAGAGAAUAUAAGUUCCUAUUUACAGCUCAUAGACAAAUGUCUAAUCCACGAGGCGUUUACAGAGAUCCAGAAGAAGCGGCUGCUGUCAUGGAAACAGCAGGUGCAGAAACUCUUUCGGUCUUUCCCUCGGAAAUCCCUCCUGGAGCUGUCGGGCUAUCGGCAGCAGAGGAGCCGAGGCUUUGGCCAGUCAAACUCCUUACCGACAGCCGGAUCUGCGGGGGCAGGACUGGGCCGGCGAAACCCCCGCCAGUUCCAGAUCCCCUCCCGCAACCUCCCCACCGCCCGGCUGGGGCUGCUGGGCCCCAGUGGGCUGCUGGGCACCCCCCAGCGCAGCCCCGCCGCCAGCCCCGCCAUCCUCAAGCAAGGCAGACAGAACCUCUGGUUUGCCAACCCCGGGGGCAGCAACAGCAUGCCCAGCCGGAGCCACAGCUCGGUGCAAAGGACGCGCUCGCUGCCGGUCCACACCUCCCCGCAGACCAUGCUGAUGUUUCAGCAGCCAGAGUUCCAGGUGCCGGUGACUGAACCUGACAUCAACAACAGGCUGGAGUCCCUGUGCCUGAGCAUGACGGAGCACGCGCUCAGCGGUGAGCACUCCCUCCUCCUCGGGCUCUUCCAGCACGUCCACGCCGCCUCCGCCGAGCCCCCCGGCACCUGCCCCUGCCCCGCGCCCCCCAAAAGCUGGGAUAGGCUGUGGCUGUGAGGGGACAGGACGGCGGCAGGGCUGGACGCAGGGAUGCUCCUGGGGAUGCUCCCGGGGGAGGUCGGACGGGGACUUUGGCUUCUCUCGGCAAGGUCCGCAGGGCAGAGGGGUAAAAGCGAACACAGGGAUCGCACCCAGCACUAGUGGAGUCCGUGCUUAUUAGCCACUAGUUAGCUUGCUAAUAAUAAUUAGUAUUAGCUCGCUAGUCUGUUAUUAGUUCUCGAUAAAGCCUUUGCCACCGGAGUGCUCGAAAAUGGUUCACAGGCUUUGGAGUAUUUUACCCUUCUGCCACCAGCGUCCCUCGUUUGGCCGGGGGGUGCGGGAGCCCCCAAGCACGGAGCUCAAACCCUGCCGCGGGCUGCAGGGCGCUGUGCCGGGAGCCGUGCCGGGAGCCGUGCUGGCGGUGCCUGGGGCGGCUGCGGGUGCCAGCCUGGGUGGGCAGAUAGCGGGCACGGGGAGGGAGGAGGACCAGGUGGAAAAAUGGACAGGAAAGGUGGAAAAGGCGGCAGCAGUGUGACGGAGAGGCCAGCACAGCAAAAAGCACCGGCCCCAGAAGCGCCCAGUACCCCUCACCGAUGCACCGGACCCCCGAGCACAAACGAUGACUCCCCAGCGAUGGGAUGAGUGUGGCCACCUGUGUUGCCCAGACCCUCCCGAAUAACCAGCUUGGGUCCCACCCCGGCAAUCCCCGGACUGCAUCCAACGGUUGAGGACGGGAGCCCUUGGGGAAGACGGUGCAGCCGGGUUCCCCCCACCGGCACGGCUCCCUGCAGCGAUGCGACGGCCCGUCCCGGGGAGAGGAACGCGUGAGCAAGGACUGUCGGAGGCAGCAGGGCCCCCGCAGCGCCGCGGCAGCAUCCCCGGCCGGGAAAACAAGGACACUUCUGUCACCCGAAGCGUUUCUCCGGCGUGUGCCCAGGCGAGGCUUAGCUGUCUUGUUCCUCUGCAGGGUACUGUUCCUCCGAGUUAUUUUUUCCAGGUCGGAUACCCUGAGCCUCUCCAAACCGGUCGUGCUAUAAAUAGCUCUUAAAAAAAUAAACCUUUAGGGGAGAAAAAAAAAAAAAAAAGGCGUAACAAACCUGUUUGUUUUUAGUUUUGAGGAGGGAGGUGG